AGGAGGAAGAAAUGGAUGAAGUCCUGGAGGACUCACUAGAUGAACAGUAUUUGACUCAUUCCAGCCGCCAUGACUCCCACCAGCUUCCAAGCAGCAAUGCCUUCCUCUCUGAUGCACAGGAAGACCCCUCUGCUCUGGAUAUAGCCAAAGAUGAGAUCCAGAGCCAGCGGCAGCACCUGAAGGAAACCCUUUUCAUCAACAACUGCCUGCGAGAAAAGCUGGAACGUUAUCUCAGCAGCUUUGAUGAAGAAAAUGGAUGCAACUCUAACCUCUACAGGCAGAUCAUAGAUUCCGUUGUCCAGCUGUAUAAUGAAAAUAGAGUUCUCAGAGAAGAAUACCGGAGACUCCCCCGGCUUGCCUGAAUCAAAUUUCCAGAGGUAACAAGUAAUGUUGGAACUAUGAAAAGCUCUUCUCUACUUUUAACAAAGCUUAGUCACAAACAGUUCCCUAGUUGAUGAGAAAAACUGAAAGAACAGAACAAUUGAAAGUCCAAAUCUGAAAGCUUCAUCUCUGAGAACCAAAUUUUACAGCCACUCCAGAUUUGUACUCCAAAUGGAUAGUCUGAUUGUAGAAAUCACAUCCCUUCAGCCUGCAAAUGUGACAACUGCCCAAGAGACAGUGAUACCUAGAUUCAUAGAUAAUCCCCUUUUCCCCAACCUAUAUGUAACUGGAGUCAACAGCAGCUGGAGGAAAAUGGCAAGGACUUGGAAUCAGAUUUAGAAUAACAUUGCUGUAGACUG